GACGCGCGCGGGCCUAGGGGGCCGAGGUCCGCGCCCCGCCGCGCUGUGGCCAGCUGCUGCCGGGAGCGGUCCAGCGCCUGCGGACGGCUGCAGGCCGGGCCCCGCGCGCCCAGCCACAGUUUUUAAUAGGUAAUGCAUUCAUGUUGAAUUCAAAAGGAUUGCACAGUGAACGCCCCCUCCCCCACCCCGUCACCCAGCCACUCCCUGGAGGCCAUGCAUGUCCUCCAGCCUGGAGCCCUGGGAAACCACUGAAAAAGCACGGAAAUAACCAUCAAUCACGCUUGCAUUUUGAAAAUAUCACCCUGGCUGCUGUAUGGAGAAGGGGGCCGAGGAGAGAGCAGUUGAUGGGUCCUUGUUUAGUUCAGGUGAGAACGGAUGUGGGCGGGCGGUGCUGCUUUAUCUGUGCACAGCCGGUCCUUGAGUGGCUUCCGUAUAAAACGCUGCUUCGUUGAAACGCCGACGAGGUGCCCUAAGAACUUAAACGCUUGUUCGUGUCGGUUGGUCUACGGUAACGUUGCUUCCGUUAUGCGUUGUUUUGAGGCAAUUUCAAGAACUUUUCAGUGACAUUAAGCGAGGACUUACUGUAUACUGCAAGGAAUGUAUUGGUGUGCGUGGUUCUUGCUUCUGAAAAAUGCCAACAAAACAUUUGCUUCACUGCCCUCAACUGAGUGGAAGAAUACUCAUAACAACAGUUUGCUUAGAGUGUGGUUAACACCUGGCUGGAUUUUGUCCAAGCACGUGGCCAAACCGACAGAAUCAUGUAGCACCCUGUAAAAAGGUGGAUGGACGAAGUUGAAGUCUCCUGGAGUCUUGCUAGAAGACAUCAGGUCCGGCCUGCACCCCUGCAGAUGUCUCCCCCCCGCGGGAGCCCUCCAGCGGCUGCAGGUUGCCGCUGUUGUCCCGGGGUCACACACAGAGUGACCAUAAUGGCUUACUCUGAGGAGCAAGGAGGCGCCCCCCGGGGGUUCAUCCGCCAGAAUUCCGGCAACUCCAUUUCCUUGGACUUCGAGCCCGACACGGAGUACCAGUUCGUGGAGCCGUUGGAAGAGCGGUACAAAUGCGCCUUCUGUCACUCCGUGCUUCACAACCCCCACCAGACAGGCUGCGGGCACCGCUUCUGCCAGCACUGCGUCCUGUCCCUGAGAGAAUUAAGUGCAGUGCCGCUCUGCCCUGUAGAUAAGGAGGUUAUCAAACCUCAGGAGGUGUUUAAAGACAACUGCUGCAAAAGGGAAGUCCUCAAUUUAUAUGUGUAUUGCAAAAAUGCUCCUGGAUGUAACGCCAAGAUUAUUCUGGGACGAUUCCAGGACCACCUUCAGCAGUGCUUGUUUCAAGUUGUGCCGUGUUCUAAUGAGAACUGUGGGCAGCCAAUCCUUCGGAAACACCUGAAAGAGCACUUGAGUGCAUACUGUCAGUUUCGAGAGGAAAGAUGCCUUUACUGCAAAAAGGAUGUGGUGGUAAUCAAUCUACAGAAUCAUGAGGAAAACCUGUGUCCCAAGUACCCGGUAUCUUGUCCCAACAAGUGUCUGCAGACUAUUCCCAGAACUGAGGUGGAUGAACACCUUGCUGUGUGUCCUGAAACAGAAAAGGACUGUCCUUUCAAGCACUGUGGCUGUCCUGUGAAGGGUAAACGGGGGAACCUGCAGCAACAUGAGCGCUCAGCCUUACAGGACCACCUGCUGCUCGUUUUGGAAAAGAACGUCCAGUUAGAAGAACAGAUUUCUGACUUACAUAAGAGCCUUGAACAGAAGGAGAGUAAAAUCCAGCAGCUAGUAGAAACUGUAAAUACAUUUGAAAAGGAGUUCAAGCAGUUUGCACAGCUCUUUGGCAAAAAUGGAAGCUUCCUCUCAAACAUCCAGGUUCUUGCCAGUCACAUUGACAAGUCAUCUUGGCUCGAAGCUCAAGUGCGUCAUUUAUUACAAAUGGCAACCCAACAACAAAAUAAUUUUGAUCUGAAGACUUUGAUGGAAGUGAUUGAUACAGUGAAACAGAAAAUUACCCUGCUAGAAAGCAAUGAUCAAAGAUUAGUGGUUUUGGAAGGGGAGACGAACAAACACGAUGCCCACAUCAACAGCCAUAAAGCACAGCUGAAUAGAAACGAAGAGCGGUUUAAACUGCUGGAAGGGGCCUGCUAUAACGGAAAGCUCAUCUGGAAGGUGACUGACUACAGAAUGAAGAAGAGAGAGGCGCUGGACGGGCACACAGUGUCCAUCUUCAGCCAGCCCUUCUACACCAGCCGCUGUGGCUACCGGCUGUGCGCCAGAGCCUACCUGAACGGGGACGGGACAGGGAAGGGGACGCACCUGUCGCUGUACUUCGUGGUGAUGCGAGGGGAGUUUGACUCACUGUUGCAGUGGCCUUUCAGACAGAGGGUAACCCUGAUGCUUUUGGACCAGAGUGGCAAAAAGAACCACAUUGUGGAGACCUUCAAGGCUGACCCCAACAGCAGCAGCUUCAAAAGGCCGGAUGGGGAGAUGAACAUUGCGUCUGGCUGUCCCCGCUUCGUGCCUCACUCCACUUUGGAGAAUGCCAAGAACACCUACAUUAAAGAUGACACCGUGUUCUUGAAGGUGGCUGUGGACUUAACUGACCUGGAGGAUCUCUAGUCACUGCUUCUUGGGUGAUAAAAGGACUUCCUGGGUCAAGAACCACAGAGGAAACUUUUGGUUAGCCCAGUGACUGAAUUCAAACUCGGUGCACACUUGUAAAUAUUCGGGGUUUUGCCCUUAGUGUUUGAACUCAGUUAAGAACUUCCUAAGUGCUAUCGUCUUUUUACAUUUUACCCUGUUCCCCUUUGAAACGAAACACUUAGGAUAUCCUCUUGUUAUUUAUAUUUCUCUAUCCAUUGAAAGAUAGGAAAGUUUCUUGAAAGCAAGGUCUGGGGCAUAGUUCCUCUACUAGGGACAGGGUUUCAGGGGAGACAGUCUCUGGUAAAUGUUACUGAGAACACAGAUGUGGAAUUCCCAGUUGAAAAUGCUUGAGUAUUUGGUCUGCUGAUUCUAGACUUGACCAUAAGGCUGCAGAAGCCUUCUUUUGGGGCCGGUUGUCCCAGAUCGGUAGAUGGGUGGUGUACAGACGGAGACGGUAUGUCCAGUUGGAACACAUGGUUCUUGGUCAGGUACUGAAUCACUACACCUCCAGAUAUCUUCAUGAAAUUCACCAGGAGUCCACACGCACAGUUUUGCAAGCCUGCAUAGGAACUGGUGGUUAGAGGGAGCAUCUUCAUUGUCCCUGCUGAGGUAAAGCCAAAGGACGCACAAAGCGUGUGUAUACGGAGAUACAAAUAUCCAACUCAAGUUCAGAUUUUAUUAGGCUCCACCGUGUGAAAACUAUUCUCAAAGAUCAGAAACAAAUAUUAAGAGUUUUAAUAAAGUUUGACCUAAUGUAUAUAUGUAUAUGUAUACAAAUAACUUAAAGGUAUUUUGGUAAUAGUAAUGUGAGGAUGGACAGAAUUUAGUAUAUGAUGGAAAAAAUGUCAUGAAUGCAUCAGAGGAAUUUAAAACCUGGGGGAGACACUAUUACAAUUUCCAGUGGGUAUCAGAAGUACUCCUAUCCAAAACUGAUUAUUAAAAUUAGUAUUUCCGAUUCCUUUUGAGAGAAAUUUUGAAUUCAUAAAUUGGGAUGAAAAUGAGCAUUUAUAUAAACAUGUGACUUUUCUUUUCCAAGUCCUGUGUCCUCCGUGAAGAACAGAAAUGAUUAUGUUCUUAUGCAUCUAUUUGUACUCACACUGAGGGUGUGUAUGCAGGUUGAGAUGAGUUCUGCUGACCCUUGAGAAGCCAGAGGUCAACAUGAAGUACCCCGUUUGCCUGAGUCCUAAUUCCCUGCUGAGCAUUUCUCACCCUUUGGCCUGGCUCCCUUGAUUCUGCAGUGACAAGUGCCACGGGCCGAGGGCCACUUAGUGCAGCUCACUCCGGCGAUGACCAAGCACCCUACAACUCCUGAACUGUUAACCUGUUAGAAGAGGCAUGAUCUAUACAGUGUUUUCUGGAAUAACUGAAACUUUCUUGAUGUCUUCUGUGAAAACUUCAAGACGCUCAAUUUUCAAGAUGGAGUCAUUGAAACUUUCUUAAUUUUUCUCUGUGAAACUUUCAAGAUAGUUUCAUAGUACAGAAAUCAUCCCAAAGGGUUACUUUCAAAGAAGUAAGUUCACGGCAGGAGUACAGUGAAGAACUACGCUGUAGCUGCUGGUGAACGCUGGUGCGGCGGACGGUCAGCCCAACACGUCACACGCAGGAAGCCUUUCUCUAGACCACACAGGUGGCUGUGUGUGUUUGUCCUCAGUGUUCAGUGUCUCUAAUCAAGUCCAAGACCACCCUGUAACUCCUCGGGAGUGGAAGGUCAUGUUGGUGUAACUAGCUCUAACUAGUGGAUGUGGAAAACAUUUUCAAGUCAAUUUAUCAAAAUACUGGUUCUGUGUUUCAACCAACUUCUCGACAUAAAAAGUCGAAGUGAUGGCACAGUUUGCUUAUGAGUUCAGAGUCCCUUCAUCACUGAAAACAAGCAGAACAAGGUAUUCUAGGGCAAAAAGCACUCCUUUACUGCAAAAUAAGAGGUGAUUUUUGUUUUAAAGAAGCAUAUCCAUAUAAACUAUUUUUCCUCUUUUAUAAUAUGAAAUUAUUUUUAUUCUACAGGGUCCAGCAGAAGUAAGGCCUGCUUAAGUGUGGUUCGUAGGGUAAUAAUAUGGGUGUAAUAAUUUAUAGCUUUCAUGUGAACAUGUCACCUAAAAUGUCACGUGGUGUGCUUGAGUAUGUUAUAGAAUUACCUGCUUAUGAUUUUGUAAUAAAGAAGGGGUGUUGUUUGUGCCAUACUCUGUAUAUUAAUAAGAUUUAAUUUUUA